AUCACUUGGUAAGGAUACUAUGUUGGCAGAUUAUUCUGAUAUAGACCUUGUGGCUUUCGUCAAUCCGCCCGACUUGGAACCCAUCAGCGAGUAUCGGUUGCCUGAGGACUAUCAGAACCAACUCAAGACUGUCAUUGAGGAUUUGAAGGACUCACUAUGUGAGCUGCCGUCAGUGACAAUAAAUAGAACUGACGCGUUCUUGGUAAACUUUGACGUACAAGUCGGUACGAGGACAGUGAGCGUUGAUCUGCUCCCAACGGCAAACAACGAUCACUCAGACGUGUACAGUGAAAUGAUGAAUCAAACAUUAAGUCACCGAGAGCGGGGAUUCUACUCGGCUUCCUUUGUCAAAAAGCAAAUGGAUUUUGUAAGCAAGCAGCCCAACAUCGUCAAGGACCUGAUCCGGAUGGUGAAGUACUGGGCUUACACCUGUCUACCCAAGCGCCUUCAGAAGUCCUACCCGCUGGAGCUGAUCACCAUCUACUGCUGGGAGAAGGCCGGUAAACCAGAACGCUUUAAACUAGUCGAAGGUCUUAAGGCCGUCCUCCUAGUUCUGGGGCGUCAACGGUGGAAACGGAGGAAGUUCUGGCCGGACUACUAUUCGAAGGAUAUGGCACUGCAUGCUAUCAAGACGCUAGAUAUGAAGUGGCCUGUGAUGCUGGAUCCCGCUAAUCCAACGAACAACGUGUUGUACGUAUACCAGCAAGGCGAUAACAUGAAGGAGCUCCAAAAUGCUGCCAGAAAGACACUUCAGACGCGGCUUCUGAGGGAUGCACGCGUUCGCUCAAGAUGGAAAUAA